AAGACUAGAAUGCUUGUAUUAAUCCCUGAUUAUAAAUUGCAGUAAUUGCUCGGACCAAAUUAUGCCGAUGAAUAUGAACAGCUGUCUUCAAGACAGACAAGACGUAAAAACUGUUGCACAGAAACGCAAGGCUGAGGACUACUUCGUCAAUGUAGACAAUGUAAGUGGUUAACAUAUUUAAUGGUACAGAUUAAUUAACAAUUAUUUGCUGAAGACGAGGUGAUUAUCGGUGAAUAAAAACCGAGACGAAGUCGGGCCUGAGGUAAAUAAUUGUUUUAGUAUAAUUUCAUAGGUGAUUAUUUGGAAAAUAUAUUAUCAAAAAUAAACAUUUCUUCAUCAUUUAAUUGACAAAAUGGCUUCGCCGCCAAAAAUCGCUUAGGUGAUUAUCACGUUAUAAUCACCUCACGACAACCAGUCAGCGUGGAGAAUUUUUAAUACUCGCCUAUGUAAUUAUACUAAUAGCGAUUACAGUGAGUUUAUGUGAUUCAUUAGUGUUCUCGAUAUGAAGCAUUCAACUGAUGAAGCCUUCAACAAAAGAUACAUUAAAAUAAUGGCAAACAUGUUUGAAACAUAAACAAUCGUGCAAAAAAUGUUUGCAGUUGACGGUUGCUUGCAAAUGGCAUUAAACAAAGCCUUAUUAGUAUUCUCUAUAUAGAGCAUACUAAUGACGCAUUUAACAAAAGAUACUGUAGACAAAACCUUGUUAGUAUUCUCUAUAUAGAACAUACUAAUCAGUUCAAUAAACACUGCGAGUAUUACCUGUAAUUGAUAAAAAAUGUAUAGUAAAAAGUACUCCCCAAAGAUAUAAAGAAAGAAAGAAUUCUUUGUGAAUGUGAUCAUGUUCUAAUUAGUCGGAUAGACAAUGAUCACACACUCAAGAAGGAGUGGAGGUUCAAUCUGAGCUCCCCUUGAGUGUCAGUGCUGUUUUUGAAUAGCUGGAGGGUGAGUAGUCAUUUAGUAAGGUAUGGGACUAACCCUCCAGCUAUUCAAAAACAGAACUGACACUCAAGGGAAGCUCAGAUUGAACCUCCACUCUUUGAGUGUGAGUGAGCUUUUAGAAUACAGUUGAAUAGGUGAUAGACUCCGAAUUAGUUAGGCGUCCACCUGGGCCUUUCAAUGCACCCUAACCAGGGUUUGAGAUUUGCGGUAUCCUAGUAUCAGAUGUUAAAACCUUGGUAUCCUACCUGUAUACCAAGGAAAUUGUUGGUGUACACAGUGGUGCCUAAAUUACUUUGAAUUUGUACUCAAGUAAAAGUAGAAGUAAUUAACAAUAAAACGACUUGAGUAAGAGUAAAAAGUACUGGAGGCAAAACGUACUUAAGGUGGCUCGAUACAGUUUUCGAAAAUUCAGGUGUUUAACACUUUGACAUGUUCAAACUACGUAUUUUUAGGAUUUAUUCAACAGAUAUUGUUUUUUACUAAUACUUGAAGUACAAAGUAAAAGUACUAUUGUCUAUAGCAUGUAGGGAGGGGGGGGGGGACUACUCCAAUGGAUUGACAUACAAAAGACACGCAUUAUAUGCGUGCACCAUAAUAUACAAUAAUUUACGGCAUGGUCUAUAUUCUAGACCCCGUUGAAGAUAUAAGAAAUCCAUUAUGCUUAUAAAUAAGCCACAAACAAGAGAUCCCAGACGCAUGUAGAAGUCCUAUUACCUAUCCCAAUAUUAAAAUAAAUCGGGAAUAAAUCACGUGAAAAUUAAACAGGUGUGAGAAAGUAACGAAUUUGCUUCAAAACCUAAAACAUCUUUCCAUUACUAUGGUUCUACUUAUUUUGCCAUGAAAUAAAUUCCUUUUGUUAGUCGUCAGUCAAUCUGUUUUUGUACUGUAUAAUAUAUGAUGAUUCCAGGCAUACUGUGUGUGUUCUUGCAUUCACUAUUCUGUUAUCGUAUCAAAGUUGGACACCAGUUUUUCAGUUUGGAUACCAAUUUUGAAGUGCUGGUAUCCUUAAUGGAUACCAGGUGGAAAAUUCUAAUCUCGAACCCUGCCCUAAAGUGCGGUACUUUAUUAUUUUACUGUGUCGAACGCCAGACAAUUUUACUUGUCAAGGGGAAAGUGCUGCCAUUCAACUGGUUAAUCAUGUUUGCACGAGACAGGACAGGUUUUGGUGUCAUCAUGUAAUUGGCAAGGAGCCAGCUGUGGUGACAGUAAAAUAUGGUGGUACAUAUGUGAGAAAUCGCGUACUUGUUCCACACAAAUCUAAACUACAACUCUCAACAUAUAUUUCUUUAUCCCAAUCACAACCCUUGAAACCUGCUCUGCCCGAGGAUAUGGCCCAGAUUUGGUUUAGGCCACACCCUUACAUUUCAGGGACCCUACCCAAUUUCUUAAGUUCAGUACAGAUAAGCAAGUUUUCCGUGAUAAGUUUUGUCGCCCACCUUUUGUUUGCCAAAACCAUAGCAGUAUUUUUUGUCAAGUUUUCCUUGGCAGUUGUACAAAUGAACAAAUUUUCCUUGUCCAAAAGCUGGCAUGACUCUUUGUCAAUUUUUGCCGUAAACACGAGUGAGGAAAACUUGCUUGUCUGUACAGGGCUGACAGUCAGUAACUCUCUGUUGACCAUAGUCUUUCAAAACAUGGUUUGGAAACUCCGCUAAAGUCUUUGCUCUAUCUUUUUGUUCGCGUUUAUGCAGUUUUGUGCACGGUGCACGGUCAAUGAACACAUUGUAUUUCAGUAUAAUGAGCGAAUCAUCCAAUAGCGACGUUUCAGUCAGUCAUUCAACCAUGCUAUUUAAAUAUUAAUAAACCUAAAACAAAGGAUGUGCACGGUGUAAGGCACGGCUCAACAUAAACACACAGUUUAUUAUAACCGCUUUGAAGUUUACUGAGUUUCCAGAGUCCAGACCAUGUCUCGAAAAACUAUGUGUUGACGUACGAAACAUCUGUGGUUGUCAGAUUAUGCAAUAGACCUUAUACAUAAUGACGUCACAAGGCUCGAUGCCCACGAGGAAUGCUGGUCUUAGUAGUCAACGCCAGGGAAAAUUUCGAUAGUGGCCUUUUAGAAUUGUUGACUACUAAGACCAGCAUUCCUUGCGGGCAUCAAGGCUUGUGACGUCAUUAUGCAUAUAAGGUCUAUUGCAUCACAACUAAUGGCUAUUAUUGUUAACCUUGUCAAUUUUUAGAAGCGAGCUUUGCUGAAUUUGCACGACGAAUCCGUAUACUGCCCAGGACGAUAAUGCAAAUAGUUUCUUGUAGUGGAAAAGAGAACUAUUUUCUUUGCUGUAGAUAGAACAAAUUUGUUUCAUAUUGAAGUUUUUACAAACAGUACUUAAAAAUCGUUCACCAUUUUUUAUUCCUGUAAAAUAGUUUACCCUCAUUCGCAAAGAACUCUGUACAAUUAAACUUAAGCUUUUGUAAUGUAUUUUAAUCAACAGUUCAAUAAAUAAUAUGUAAAAAUUGCUAAAUGUUUGAAACGUUCAUCUCUUUGGUUUUACUUUUCCCCAUUAAAUCUGUGCACUUUCAUGUUUUAGAAGAAUAACAGUUCUUCAUUAUUUAUUUUCCAUUAAAUAGAAUGGUUUCUUGUUGUUAUUUUAAACAUUGGAUUGUAUUAAAUUAGUAAAAUAUAUUUUAAUGAUGUAUGCUAUACAAUGUGAUUUAUUAAGAAUAACCUAUCUUGUGAGAUGUAUUUAUUUUAAUUUCAGUCAAAGUGCUCACGUCACACGUGUCUGAUGUUAGAUAUGUAUACACAGACUGAUGCUGGUUCUGAAAGCAUCUCGUUGGUAAGUUGCAAUACCUAUAUUCUAUAUAUAACAUAUUCUAUAUUCAGUGCUGCUGACAGGGGGGGGGGGGGGACUUUGAGCACGGGAGCACUCAAAUGGUGCUCCCAAAGUGGCGAAGUCCCUUAAAUUUCCAUUUUAUUUCAUUGAAUACAGAGGCAAAUUCACGAAUUGCUGAAAAAUAAUUCAGAACGGAUUCACAGAGUUGAAGAUAUGGUGACGAAACUGUGUAACAUGAUUGGUGCGUUCGCUGAUGCCAGCUCACCACAGGUCGUUACCACAUCUUGUCAAGAGAAGGUAAAGUUAUGCUAUCGAGAAUAUAACCAGGGUUGGUAAGUUAGAUUAAUAAUUAGGCCAAAUCGUCAUUAGUGCCGUUUAGAAAACAAAGAAAACAAAAGGCCAAGACAAAGAAUACAAAGGCCUAGUGUGACGGUGUUUGGCCUAAGGGACCAGUCAUAAAGUAACUGCUAAGAUGGGCCGGGGGAAAUAAGGAUGGGCCAUGAAAUUAUUUUCAUCAGUUUGGGUGGGCCAUGAAGAUGGGCCAUAAGUUAUGAGAAAGUGACUCUCAAGUCAGUGCAUCGUCAAACUGACUGCUAUACUGUACAUAUUCAUGUAUAGCAGGAUGGGUCAUGAAAUUUUUCCAAUGACCUACGAUGGGCUUUCAAAUUUUUUCUAGGUUCUCAGGAUGGGCCACCGAGUUUUUUUUGGAAAACCUAUUUUCCCUCCGGCCCACCCUAGCAGUUACUUUAUGACUGGUCCCUAAUUAUUCAGCAAACCUACCAACCCUGAAUAUAACAGGUUUUUAGGCAGGCUGUCAAAACUGGCUGUCCAAAAAUACCCUGGGUGUGGCAACUUAUUUUCAUGCUUUUGGUUAAAAAAAAUCAGCUAAAGGGAUUUGUUGAUGGGAAAAUCUCUGGGCGGCAGGUUCAAUUCCUGCGAGAGGCCAGAUAGUUGCAUUUUUCACAAAGGAAAGUCACGCUCAUUUACAUAAACUUUAGCUUUGAUUUUCUCGGCUUAGGGCCUGUUCAUAUGGGCAAAAGUUAUCCCGGUUAACGAGAAAACUUUUCGACUAGCCAAAUACUUUUGUUCUGUUCAUAUGGAGAAACUUUAUCCCGCUUACCGGGUAAAGUUUUCGGCUGUGACGUGGCACUGAAUAUCAACUGAAUUGAAAAGUUGCUGACACGACAGAAAGUUAUCCCCGUGUUCCUAUAUGGGAAAAACAUUAUCCCGGUCACCGAGAUCUCGCCUGUCAACAAGCGAGAUCUCGGUACACGGGAAAACUUUUUGUCUCAUAUGAACGCAGUGUAACUUUUCAUAUUAUUUUCAUACCAAGGCGAGAUCUCGUAAAGGCGAUAUCUUGUAAACUUACUGCCCAUAUGAACAGGCCCUUAGACAACGUAUAUUUCAUACAGAAAUCCAGAGACUCGAGCCCAGUCGACACUCGAGCACAGCUAACAACUCAGUAUCAAGGAGUAUCGACCGCCAACCUUGCACCAAGCGAUUACGUCACACAAGUACCCCAGCAAAGCAUCAUGGGAAACUGGGAAGGCUCUCAGAUCCGGAAUGAUGAUCUUGCGAUGAAUACGUCAUUGACGGAGUCGGAGAAUGGAUUGAGUGAUAUAAACACGACUACGGUCAAGACACCGCCGAAAGUCAACUGGAACUGUGAUAAUUCUUCUCUUACUGCAGGUGAAUUGUGGUCAGUGGCGGAUUCUCGGGGGACUCAGAGAGGAAGGGUGGUUGUGUGUUGGGGGCAUUCUUACGUGUGUAGCAGUAGUAGUACGGUCAUAAACCUAAGCUGGUUAACUCCAUAUCUGGCUGUGUUUCCAAUGAAUGUUUGCAGCAGGGAUGCAGCGAAAACUUUGGGGGGUGGGGUUAAAUUACCGGUAAUCGUUCCAUGUUUCGCGCACCAAUAUAGUAAACGUUAUGUAAUGGAUAUUAUAGUGUACUGCAAAGUCAACUGGAUACCUCCAUAUACAUAUAUACACACCCUAAACUAAAACCUAACCCCUAACCUAUAUUGGUGCGCGAAACAUGGAACGAUAGCCAAAUUACCUGACUUUUUAAUUUACGUUCCAUUUUACACUACAUCUAUUAGGGUGUUUCAGGGCUAUGCUUCCCCGAGAAAAAAUGAAUAUUUUAGACUCUCAGACAGCCCGGAAAUGCAACUAAAAUUUUGCAUUUUUAGCUUGCAUUUCACUUCCACAUUUGCUCUUAUAAUUUUCCAGAAAAUCUGCUCAAAUCACCCCUACCUACCUGAAAUUACUCAUGGACAAAUAUUGGCGUGGGGGGGGGGGGGUGUUGUGUUACACCCCACACACCCCGAUCGCUACAGCCCUGGUUUGCAGUUGUCGCAAGCUCUUGUUUUAAAGAAACAAAACGAACUUAAGGUGUUCAACUCUAUUUAGACGAUCACCCUCCCGGCACAGGAUGUUGGCUAGGCGAUCCUAACGAUGUCAAUGGUCGAGCGUGGUUUAGUGGCGAUCCUAAGAUUAUCACAAAAUGCGAAAACUACGGAUUGAAUCCUGUUAAGUUAGCUCUGGCUUUGACCGAAGCGUUGUUCACACGUGAAGAGAUGGCGGCUUCAAAUGUGAGAGGAACUCGGGGGAAGGAAUCAUUGGAUCCGAGCAAGAUCAAGGCUAUCAGAGGUAACGAUGUUAAUUUUGGCUACACGUCUACAUUGGAUUGA